AUGAUCAAUCACUUAUGGCGCCCGCCACGCAAAGAACCUGGAGUCAAAAGUCGUCCACUCGAUAAAGAGGACCCAGAGAACUUCCAAUAUUAUCGGAAAUGGGGCUUCACGGUUUAUCGUACGUAUUACGGUUCCGACUCGAAUCAGCAUUGGGAUGCACUUAUCGACGCCAUGACUCGACAAACCCUCCUUGCACUUGGCUACCACGAAGAUGACGAUAUGUUCAAAAACGAUAAAAGACAGAAGAGGGGACUUUACAGUAACAAAGCCAAGUACCUGGAAGAUGUGAACCGAUUAAAGAAGCUUUUCCGACUCUCAACCCGGGAAGAUGUAUCAUUGCUUGAUGGCCUUGACAUCCACCAAAUUCGGGAGGUCUGUGUUAAAGAGCUUCCUGAGGCCAAAAAGAACAUAGAGGGCGCCAAUCAUUGUUUUGCACUUGUCGCCGACGAGGCAGUGCUAAAGGAUGUCGCGCGCGGGGUGUUUGUAAUCAAGGCAGUUGGUUACGACUGGGACGAGGAUCGUGCCGGUCAGGGUUGGGUCAGAAUGCUGACAGGCGACAUAUUGAGUCUCUGGGAGUCGCUAUUGCUUUGUGAUUACAUUUGUCACGACAUAUAUGCGGAAAUGCAUCGUGAGGUUUCUGGAGGUGAUCUUGACAAGGACACCUGGCCAGGACUCUCAUGCAUUGAGCCGCUUGGUGAUUGCUCUGAAGCUCGAACUGCGGAUCCGACAGGCACAGCUAGAAUCACACAGUUUAGAAUCGAUUACUAA